CACUCCAGUCACCUCUAAAUCACUCCGUGCAUGCCGAUCUGCGCGCGUCCCUUGAUGACACUCCGUCGUACUUAUGUAACUUAUAAUGUAGUGAGACGUUUUUCAGUUUAGUAGUAAACACUCCCGGUAAUUAAGCAUGGGGCAUACUUCGUUCCAGCACACGCUCUAUCUGGCAAAACCCACAGCUUAGAAGAAGCGUGAAAAUUUCUCUUAGAUUAUGACUGUGUGGUGUAUUACUGGGCGUACGGAGUGUCGUCCGGCUCCACGUAAUGUUUCACUUUUGUUAAUUGCCAUUGCCAAGAGUCAAGCUCGUGUGUCAUGGGUUCCAUUUGUUUAUGGAUAUGAGAAGUUGAUGGAUUGCAAAACGACAAACAGACUUCGACAUUGUUUUGAUCUACUCAUAGCGCCAAAUCAUGAGUCUUCAACCAAAGAACACCCGUUAAUUAAUCGUCGACGUACCAUCCACCUCCUCACACAUAUCUCCCCACCCAGAGAGAAAAACGCGGCCACUUCACUUUUUGGCGCUACCACGCCAUCGUUGUGGCGGCAUCCAAAGAGAGGAGCCUCAAAGCUGCACAGCUCACCGCCUCAAGUCAUCAACCGUCGCUGGUCGCCACCAUGGCGUGCUGCUAUGGAUGGACGGGCCGUGCCGUAAAUCCCAAUCCGGGGCCGGUGUCCAUACACCAGAUCAGGUCGUGUCGAUCCCCAAACUGCAAGUAUGGCCCUCACCGUCACCGGGCAGCUUUAUCCGGGGAUGGCAAGGAGAACAUGCCAGGAAGUGGAGAACGCGUCGGGAGGGGUAGAGCACCCGAGCUACCCCAAGGAGCGACUUGAGUGCAUUCCAACCCCUUGGAGGGCGUAGAAGUAUCAUCAUUGAGCACUGAAGCCACCAAGUAUAAUAUCCAUUCCGAUAAAAUUAAAACACCUCAAGAUUACAACCAUCAUUGGUUGUUCAUCUUAAAUCAAUGUAGACCAAUAUCUUAGCAGUUUUAUAUUUUCAGGAAAAAAAACUAAGAGAACAUGGAAUAUAAUUUUUGUUGACAUGAGGUGGAAGGGAACAUGGAAUAUAAUAAUGGAAAGCGUAGGGCAUCCACAAAUGACAUCUAGUAUAUGUUGGUUCCUGUCUACAGCACUCAUGCACAACACAAACAAAUGCAACAAACAACAGCACAUCUAUAGAUGAGCUAAAUUAAGCAUGUAAUAUAAUGAUGAUCCAAGCAAUGACAUAAUGAAUCAUUCUUUUUUUUUCUAAGAAACAAACCAUCGAAAUUACGAGCUUUGCUACACCAACGUGUCCUUGUGUGCAGAGGGGAGUUACGGGGUUAUUUGGCAGGUUUUCAUUAGGGAUAAGUGAGGCUCGGGCCCACCCUGAAAUUCAAGGGGGAGGUUUGAUUAGUGGGAUAGGAGGGUUUUGUAAGUGAAACGAGAUCCUCUGGUAUUGCAAGGGAAGUCAGGUAGAGCUACAGUUUGCUGAUUUUGCUUCGCCUCAGCCGCACUAAUAGCAAGGUGGCUCAGUGUUUAACUACAGUAAUUACUGACAUUAUACAUCACAUUAUCUAUGGUGCCUGCACCACCUCUCUGACUUGCCUUCUUUUUUUCUACACAAAGAAGUAUUGUGCUUCUCUGCCUUUCCUUUUGCAUGUCAGAGGAGCCGGCUCCUUCGCAAGUUUACGUACAAAUCAUUCGUCGGUCUAGCAUUUUUGGAAAUUUACAUACAACAACUAAUAGUGUGAUGAGCAGAGCACUGCAGUACCUCCUUAACAAAGAAAGAUUCUAGUGAUAUAGAAACUUAAGAUAAGAUCGAUCCUAGCGCUUAAUCAUUGUUUCUGAUGCAAUGUAUGUUCAGCCAUAAUUGCAAUAGAAACAUAAUUUUGCUAUGGAAACUACGUUUCUGAACACCAAGCUGGCUCAAAUGAUGCUCAUGCUCCCAUGUGUAUGGGCAUGAUCGGCUCAUCGCCGCACAUGGUGUCCAUACCUACCUACACCCCCACGGAUCGGGUGCUGAAGGAGCCACCGGACUACUAGCUAGGUCUGGACCGGACCGCCCAUCGCCUUGAAAGGGGUUGCGCCGGUGGCAGCCCAGCCACCACCAGCUACCAUUGUCAGCCAGUGGACCAGCGACAGCGGGCGCGUGUACCUCGUGGGUGUGCGUGGACGGCCACUUGGAAGGCAGGCAGGCCGUGGUCUGGCCAGACAACCAGAGCGUGGUGAGUCCCACCGUCGGCAGUGCCGUCAGCGGGAAUCCAGGCCUGUUAUUGACGAUGCCGUCAGUGGGAGUGAGUGAUGAAGAAACCAAUCUCAAUCUGGAAAGAGCCAAGCCAAUCCACUAUUUAGCCAGAGCGUCAACGCCAAGAGGGCACACACACAACACGCGCAUAUACGAGGCGAGCUAGCUAUAGCCCAUAGCUCCAUAGCCUCUCUCUUGUUCUAGCUACCAAACCUCACGAGCAUCAUGGCUGGCGGGGAGGAGCAUGAGCAUGGCGCGUCGUGCCGGCUGGAGAGCAUCCUGACGGACACGUCGGCGCCGAUGGCGGAGCGGGCGUGGGCGGCGGCGUCGGUGGAGCUCCGGCUGCUGGCGCGGCUGGCGGCGCCGGCGGUGGUGGUGUACAUGAUCAACUUCGUCAUGUCCAUGUCGACGCAGAUCCUGUGCGGCCACCUGGGGACCCUGGAGCUGGCCGCCGCCUCACUCGGCAACACCGGCGUCCAGACCUUCGCCUACGGCCUCAUGCUGGGCAUGGGAAGUGCAGUGGAGACCCUCUGCGGGCAGGCCUACGGUGCACACAAGUACGACAUGCUCGGAAUCUACCUACAGCGCUCCAUCAUUCUGUUGGGCUUAACUGGCAUACCACUUGCUGUGAUGUACGCUUUCUCGGAGCCACUCCUCUUAUUGAUGGGACAGUCACCGGAGAUAGCCCACGCCGCAUCGAUCUUCGUUUACGGCCUGAUUCCUCAGAUCUUCGCGUACGCCGUCAACUUCCCCAUUCAGAAGUUCCUGCAGGCCCAGAGCAUCGUCCUGCCGAGUGCUUACAUCUCAACGGCAACACUCGUUCUACAUGUGAUGCUGAGUUGGGUGCUCAUGUACAAGGUCAGCCUUGGGCUGCUCGGUGCCUCACUGGUGCUGAGUGUGAGCUGGUGGAUUAUCGUCGGAGCGCAAUUUGUGUACAUUGUCGUGAGCCCGACGUGCCGGCACACGUGGACGGGAUUCAGUUGGCAGGCCUUCUCCGGUUUGCCAAGUUUCUUCAAACUCUCCGCCGCGUCUGCCGUGAUGCUGUGCCUUGAGACAUGGUACUUUCAGGUGCUCGUGAUCAUUGCUGGAUUGCUCCCCAACCCUGAGAUUGCCCUGGAUUCCCUGUCUGUGUGCAUGACGAUUUAUGGUUGGGUGUUCAUGAUCUCCGUUGGGUUCAAUGCCGCUGCAAGUGUACGAGUGAGCAAUGAGCUUGGCGCCGGCAACCCCAAGUCUGCAUUUUUCUCUGUGUGGGUCGUGACCGGGCUCUCUGCAACAAUCUCUACCAUCCUUGCUGUUGUGAUCCUCUGCCUCCGCAACCACAUCAGCUACUUGUUCACAGAUGGUGAAGCAGUUUCGGACGCGGUGGCAGAUCUCUGCCCGUUGCUCGCCGUAACCCUCGUUCUCGGUGGCAUCCAACCUGUACUGACAGGUGUUGCCGUUGGGUGUGGAUGGCAACAAUUUGUUGCUUACGUGAACGUCGGCUCUUACUACGUUGUAGGCGUUCCACUUGGUGUUGUUCUCGGUUUUUUCUUCAAUCUUGGCGCAAAGGGUAUUUGGGGUGGCUUGAUUGGGGGAACGGCCUUGCAGACAGCCAUUCUGCUAUGGGUCACCAUAAGAACAGACUGGACCAAAGAGGUAGAGGAGGCACAGAAAAGGUUGAACAAUUGGGACGAGAAGAAAGAGCCUCUCCUUGCAGGGUUCAAGGACAAUAACAAAUAAGUGGACCAGUCUAGUUUUGUGUUUCCAGUUAUCCGAGUCAGAAGUGUACUGGCUAUGAGACUCGCCGUCGGCGUGGGUGGGAGGGGCUGAAUCCAGGUCUCUUUAUUUUCGCGUAGAUAUCUAUGAGUUUAUGCCUCAAUUUUUUGGAUGACACGCCAGUGAUGGGCUUGUUAAUACAUACUGUAGUCUUGGUUAGCAUGUUACAUCUUUCUUUUGUUGAAUUGUCUUUACGUUAUUGGUUUUCCCGUCUUUCUUGGAAGGCCAUUAUUUGGCGACUUUGUAAUACAUUUGUAAUUAGCUUGGCAUGAUGCUGAAUCAGGUAAAGAAAAGGGUGUGAAGUUUUGGAUAGGAGACCGGAAUAAGUGUUGUAGUUUUAGUUCAAAUUUGAACUAAAAGAACCACAUUUAGUUUGGAUAAGAGGGACUAGUAAAUGGUUACCCUGCA